CUGAACAUGAUUGUUAUGAUUGACUAACACAUGUUAGUUGCUGGCGUUGUUUGCUGUCAUUGAGCAUCCCGCUCGAGUUGCAGUUUAACCCAGACUUUCAUGAAUUUGCCAUUCGGUCCAUGUUUUGAAUGAGGGACUUCUUCCCGACCCAACCCCCCUCCCCGCCAUAAUUGCAUCCUUGACAGUUUGGGGCGGGGUUGGAGGGCGAGUGGAACACACGAGAUUCCUCAUGGAACAGAAACACACUCCUUAUUAAAUCCUCCUGUCCUCCAGAUAACGAGCAGAGAGAUCUGACAGGCAGCGUGAACAGCCACUAUAUUGACCAGGCUAUUUAAAAAAAACACACACACACAGACAGGGUUGAUGGAGAAGGAACCCAUCCCAGAUAUCACUUGGACUCAUACUUGACAGAUCUCAACAUCUCCUUGGACUGGGCAACUCAGUGAGGGAGUUGGUCUGGGUGAACCAAGUAAUUUAUUUCCUUACGGUUCCCCAGAUUUUUUUUUGGUGGCGGGGUGGGGGAGUGGAAGGGUGUUGUUGUCGUCUGUUAGAGAUCUACAUGGAUGCAGAUUUCCAGGAGGUGAAUCGAUCUGUCCAAUCGGCUUCCCCACAGGAGAGAGCGAGGGGAAACUACAGGAGGAAAAGCCAGCACAUCAAGAGAUGGAGUGAAGUAUUGAGUGCUGCAGGGAGCGCCGCGCUCUGAUCUCGAUGCACCACAGUGCUUCUUUCUUCUGCCUGGGAGAGAAUUCUAUGGAGAGCGGCGAAUGAACGUACAAAUCAUACAGAAACCUGAAGAAGAGGAUGGUUAAAGGGACACUGCUACUUAUCAUAUGUGUGAUAACCCUUUGGGGAAAAUUGCUAUCAGCUGCAAACCAUCAUAAAGGCCACCAUGUUAAGACCGGCACCUGUGAGGUAGUGGCUCUGCACAGAUGCUGCAAUAAGAACAAAAUCGAGGAACGCUCCCAGACAGUGAAGUGCUCCUGCUUCCCAGGCCAAGUAGCAGGAACAACUCGUGCUGCUCCUUCCUGUGUUGAUGCCUCAAUAGUUUUACAGAAAUGGUGGUGUCAGAUGCAGCCAUGCCUGGAAGGAGAGGAAUGUAAAGUCUUGCCUGAUCGCACAGGUUGGAGCUGUGCCUCUGGAAAUAAAGUAAAAACAACCAAGGUGACACGAUAGUUGACAAGGAAGGUUGGGCUGUUUUUCGAAGACACCUCAGCUCAAACCUCAGGUCCUGUCCUUCAACUUUCACCUGGUUUUCACAAAUCCGGAACACUUUCACUUGAGCUCAGCCAAGGACUCAGACAAGUGAGGAAUUAAACAUUAAGAGACCAAGAAGAUUUCAGGGUUAUGGAAUCUGACAAGAUGUGGAAUUUGCCCAUCUGGCAUCUCCUAGUGGAACAUAUAUAGGAGGAGGAACAUUGAGCUUUGCUACCCAUUUCAAAAUGCUCCUCACAAGUAGCUGUGUCAACCAUCUCUCAGAUUCAUCGCUGUGAUCGCAACGGACCUGGACAUAUGUGGAUGGGUGGCUCAUAUUUUUGUAAAGGAGCAAGAGAUGGGAUUUAUUGGACCAGUGAGGUGAAAUGGAGCUGUGUUGAAGUUCAUGACCACCAGACUCUUUGUUCUUGCCCUUCCCAGUGACCUUUCUUGCGGCCUCAGCAGGUCACGAUGUUCUCUCUAAAAUUUGAAAUUUCAAAAUGUGGAGAGGCUUUAGCUUUUCACAGUUUGGACUUUGCUUUUGUUAUAGAAAUGAAUACAUUAUGGUAAAUGUGUAUAAACAGCAGUCUGCUAUUGACAGUAAAUGCUUACCCGUAUGCAUAAAUCAUAUGAAAGUUACCGCAGGAAUCUCUGACGCAACUGUACUGCUGCCGUUCUUUGGCAAUUGAACAAAUACAAACUAUUUUAAUAACUUCGGUGAAAUGUGUGCACUAUCAGAAUACCUAAAUAAUGUCUUUUUAUUUGGUUUAAAUUGUUACAUGGAGAAAGUCUGAAAGUGUUAGGAUCUUUUUACACUAUCAUAAUAAUAUUACUAACCCACAACAUACUUGUAACAUCAGUUCUGCUUGUAUGCAAGUUACUUAGCAGUUAUGUUUAUCACUGUAGCCUCAUCUUUAUUUGAAUAUUUGCCCUUAUGAUUUUGAUGUGACUAAAUCUUUACAGAUAUUAUUUAUUGCUUAAAAAAUUGUGUACUCUGGAAAGCAACAAGAGGUCCAGUACCCGAACGGAAGAAGAUGUGGAGCGGAUGUUUAACUCAGUGAUGCUGUAAAAUGUAGCACAGUUCUGAAACUUUUUUUUGGUUUUGUUUUUGGACUUGUGUAAAUCUUUGUUUUAAAUGUAAACAGUAAAUAAAAUUCAAGUAGCAAAGAUGUAAAUAAUUCUCAAUAACAACUUCUCUCUGAGAAAAAGAUGU